AUGAAGCAAGCACAAGUCACCACCUGGGGCCAAACCCCACAAUACCUCGACGCUCCCACACCUGCCCUGCCUGACCCCUCCAGCGACCUCGUCCAAAUCAAAGUCCUCGCCAGCGGCCUGCCCACGCUCGUCCGCAGCCGCGCCGCGGGCACGCACUACAGCGCCAACGUCCUCCCGCACGUCCCGGGAGUCGACGGCGUCGGCACCACCGUGCCCGACGGCAAGCUCGUCUACUUUACGACUAUCACGCCCACCGGCGGCUCCUUUGCCGAAUUCGUCAACGUCCCGCGCAAGGCCACGACGCCGGUACCCGAGCAAAUUGGCUCUAGCAAGGCCGACCCCGUCCAGAUCGCGGGCCAGAUGAACCCCGUCAUGGCGUCGUGGAUGGCGCUGGCGGCGCGCACCAAAGACUUGCCGAAAGGGUUUACGGCCGUCAUCGUCGGCGCCACGGGGCUGGCCGGCGCCGCAGCGGCGGGAGUGGCGCGCGUGUUCGGCGCGGCGAAAGUCGUGGGCGUGGCGCGGAGCAAGGCGAAGAUGGAGGGGUUGGGGCUGGACGCCGCGAUCGAGCUGGACGCGGUGGAUGCGGCGCAGACGGAUUACGCCGAGGCGCUGGACGCGGAUGUGAUUCUGGAUUUCCUGUACGGCCCGCCGACGCUGGCGCUGUUGAGGGCGCUGAAGCCGUCGAAGCCGGUGCAGUAUGUGCAGAUCGGGACGGUGGUGCAGAGGGAUAUGGCGCUGCCCGGGGAUAUUUUGAGGAGCAAGGAUAUCACGAUUAGGGGUGCGGGCCCGGGGGCGUGGCAGAUGGGUAUGUUUGCGGUGGAGGCGCCGAAGAUGGUGGAGGCGAUUGUGGCGGGGAAGGUCAGACCGUAUAGUUUUCAGGAGGUGAAGCUGAGUGAUAUUGAGGUAGCAUGGGGACAGAAAGGCGGGGACCGUAUGGUGUUGAUUCCUUGA